GUGUUAAAUUGACAUUCUGCAUGAUAAUGCACACUGUGUGUUGAUAAUAAAAAUGUUUUAUCGUUGAUAAGAUCGUGUGAAUGAAUAGGUAACAAAUAUACACACACAGCUAAUACACAGCUAUAAUAUAGUUUUAUAUAUACAUUGCUUAGUACAUGUAGUUAUAUAAUGGAUUUACAUAGAAUACAGUUAACUUUAGGAUCUGGAUAUAUUACAUCUAUUGGACUCGGAACUUUUACUUUCUUCGGUGAACAUGGUAGUCUCGAUGAGAUUGAAGCUGUCGUAGGUGUUGCUGUAGAAGCCGGGUAUCGCCAUUUUGAUUGCGCAUGGGCUUACAGGACCCAGGGGGCAAUUGGUAAAAUGUUAGAGAAGAAAAUAAACGAAGGUGUCAUUAAGCGGAAAGAUAUUUUUAUUACUACCAAGUUAUGGAAUGCACACCACAAUCCAAAGCUCGUGUUGGGAGAAUUGAAGGACUCGUUAAAUCAACUACGAACAAACUACGUUGAUAUGUUUCUUAUACAUUUUCCGACUGGAGAGAAAGAGAUGGAAAGGUGUCAUCAAUUAGGAUUAACCAAAAAUAUUGGAUUGUCUAAUUUCACCAUCGAGCAAACGCAAAGAAUAUUUGAUUCCUGUACCAUUAAGCCGUCAAACAUUCAGAUUGAGGUCUCACCUUUUUUCCUCAACGAGCGUUUAGUGAAGUUUUGUACAGGCAAAGGAAUGGCUGUCACAUCGUAUGGUCCAUUAGGAUGUCCAUCACACCCAGAGAGACUGGCGGGAGAGCAAGGACCUCUUGAAGAUCUUGUCCUCAUAGAAAUGGCGAAACGAAAAGGGAAAUCUGUAGCACAGGUUAUUCUUCGGUUUCUAAUACAGUACGGAACUGCCGUGAUUCCCAAAAGUGUCACUCCAUCUAGAAUCAGAGAAAACAUAAAUGCAAGUACUUUUUCCUGAUCUAAAAGCUCAAAAUACUUUAUUAAGUUGACUACAAUACGCAGACCAGGGUCUAUGUUUUAUACAUUCGGGUUAAUAAUACUUGCCUUUUUCAUUUUUUUCUAUAUUGUGCAAAUUUGUAAUUGUUCUUCUAAAUAAAUUCAAAUACUUUGGCUUUUAUGUUGAGUCAAAACAGAAAUAAGCUAUUCUUUUCUUGAUUUAACCGAUAAGAAAUUUUAUGUCAACGCCAUGGUGAAGUUACAAACAAUUAAUGAUAGGUGGCGAUGAUUUGUUCUGAGUGAGUUAGUUCAUGACUUAUGUGUGUUAUUUAAAUUAAUCCUGCCUCUUGAUGUUUAUUUGUUUGGAUGAAUUCCAGUAACGCAUCAUAGCAAAGACUAAUACAUUUUUUAUUUUUUUGGUCUCAACCCGACUUUAUAUCCUACAGCAUUGUUGGAAAAAUAAGGCGAGAUUUUACCUUCUGGCCGUCCCCGCUUUUACAUUCCGUCUGUCCCCGCAGUGCUGAGUCAGUACGAUGGUUUUAUUUGGGUAUGAAAAGAUCGAGAAAUAUAUCAUAUUUCAACUCAGUAUGAGGGAUAUAGCACUGACUUUAUCUCUAGGGCAGAACCUAACCAUGGGUUUUUAUGGUCCUAGUUGGUAAUUGCCUUGUGUUUUCCCUUUUUAAUAAGGCUUAUUGUACGGCUUGAAUAUGCAUUUUGUAAAAAGAAAACAGAUAAAGAUAAUAUUUGUACCACAAGGUGACGUCAGAUAUAUCUCUGUCAAAGUAUUAAAAUCAGCAUGUGAACUAUCAAUAGGCUCCUUGAUUGAGGUUGUUUAACAAUCGUUCCAGGUGUUUGACUUCGAGUUGUCAGAAGAUGAAAUGCAGAUGAUAAAAUCUUUAAAUAAAAAGAAAAGGCUAUUUAAAGAGACUAGGUUGAAAGAUCACCCGGAAUAUCCGUUCGACACACCUUUGUAAACUUCGUUCAUGCUAUCGGGCAAAUAUGUACCUAGUAGAAAUGUCUAGAUUCUUUUCAUAUUUUCUUGUAGACAAUAUACAUGUUUUAUAUACAUGUAAGUUAUAUGCACCUCAUGGUAAUAUAUACAACUCAACAAUAUUAACAA